GGCGACUUAUCGCAGUCACUCGUGACGCAGCCCCGAAUAGCCGACGUGACAGGACGUGUAUUCGUGAGAGAGCAUGACAUAAGGCAGCAGCCUUUCUGGGGGUAAACGCGCGACGCGUUCCGUGACUCACAUGGCCUCGAAAUUGCGCUGGGAUAAACUCAAAAAAGUAGAUGCAGAGACUGAUUCGCUUCAGAUCUUCUGCUCUACUCCUCCAAAGGGCUCCCUUUCCUCCUCGCUCAUAUCCAGUCCCCAUCUACCAUCUGCGCACAAUGGCCAGCGAGAACGCAGGAACCCAUAAGGAUCCCGUCACCGGGGAGUUGAUUUCUAAGACUGAGUUGAAGCGUCGUCAGAAGGCCCGCGAGAUUGAAGCUCGCAAAGCGGAGAAGGCCGCGCAGGCACCGCCGAAGCCCGCUGCUGCGAAGAGCAGUGCUGUCGACGAGGAGGAGCUCAGUCCUAAUCAAUAUUUUGAGAUACGCUCCAGAAACAUCCUUAAGCUAAAGGAGACUCAGUCUCCCAACCCUUACCCCCACAAGUUCCAUGUCUCCAUCUCGAUCACCGACUACAUCGACAAGUACGGCCUCGAGGGUAAAAUCCAGGCUGGAAAGAAGCUGGAAGGCGUUACAGAAGCUCUCGCGGGCCGCAUACACAACGUUCGCGCGUCCGGUCAAAAUCUCCGCUUCUACGACCUCCAUGGCGAGGGCGUGAAGGUUCAGAUCAUGGCGAACAAGCAAGACGCGGAGGAUCCCGACAACUUUGUCGCGAACCAUGAGCACUUCCGCCGCGGAGAUAUCGUCGGUGUGAUUGGUACCCCCGCGCGCACCAAGAAGGGCGAGCUGUCCAUCGCCCCCUCGCAGAUGAUCCUCCUCGCACCCAACCUUCACCAGCUCCCCUCCUCUCACUUCGGCUUGAAGGACCAGGAGACCCGCUACCGCAAGCGCUACCUUGACCUCAUCCUCAACGACGACACCCGCCGCAUUUUCCUCACCCGCUCCCGCAUCAUCAACUACAUCCGCCGCUUCUUUGACAACCUCGGUUUCCUCGAGGUCGAAACCCCCAUGACGAGCAUGAUCGCGGGAGGGGCGACCGCGAAGCCCUUCAUCACGCAUCACAACGACCUCGACUUGGAUCUCUACCUCCGGAUCGCUCCCGAGCUGUAUCUCAAGCAGCUCGUCGUCGGCGGGCUUGACCGUGUAUACGAGAUCGGACGUGUGUUCCGCAAUGAGGGCAUCGACUUGACGCACAACCCCGAAUUCACUAUCUGCGAGUUCUACAUGGCUUACGCAGACAUGUACGACAUCAUGGAAUUGACGGAGGCUCUCGUCGAAGGUAUGGUCAAGUACCUCACGGGCGGCAAGACGACGCUCGAAUACCACCCGGAGGGUAAGGGCAGCGACAAGGUCUACCAGCUUGAGUUCGCGCGCCCUUGGAAGCGCUACGACAUGAUCGAGACCUUAGAGGAGAAGCUUGGUGUCAAGUUCCCGCCGGGUGAGACCCUCCACACGGACGAGGCCAACAAAUUCCUUCGUGAUCUUUGCCAAAAGCACAACGUCGAUUGCAGCGAGCCCAGGACGAAUGCGCGUUUGCUUGACAAGCUCGUCGGCGAAUUCAUCGAGCCUCUGUGCAUCUCCCCCGCGUUCAUUGUCGGCCACCCGCAGGUGAUGUCGCCGCUCGCCAAGUACCACCGGUCACGACCGGGACUCUGCGAGCGUUUCGAGGGCUUCAUGUGUGGGAAGGAAUUCUGCAACGCAUACACCGAGUUGAACGACCCCUUCGAGCAGCGGUUGCGGUUCGAGGAGCAAGUGCGGCAGAAGGAGCAGGGCGACGACGAGGCACAGGGCAUCGACGAGACUUUCGUCGACGCGCUCGAGCACGGUCUUCCUCCCACCGGUGGAUGGGGUAUUGGCAUCGACCGUCUGGUUAUGUUCCUGACCGACUCAACUAACAUCAAGGAGGUGUUGCUGUUCCCUGCGAUGAAGCCGAUUGAGACGGCUGCAAAUACUACAGGACCAGUCGGGCCGAGUGGCCAGAUUUAAUGAAAAAGCCCGUAGACGUAGAUGUACAAGUAGAUCUGACUAUGCACUAGGCAUACAUCCCCUGCCCCCUUUCUGAACGUCGCGGAUCCUGCGAAGGGCUUCAUAUUCGGCAAGAUCACUC